AUGAACUGGUUGCAAUUGACUUAUUUAAGUGCCGUGUUGGCAGUUUUGAUACCUAAUUAUGUUCUGGCCCACGUUGUUCCUGGAUUGGAUUCUUUAGACAUUCAAGCAUCAAUUGCCAAAAGAGCUUCUAAUUUGAUUGAUCCCGUCUAUAGUGACUUGAGUGCACCGGAAUUAGAUUUCAUCAACUUGCAUUUGAAGAAUUUGACCAAUGCUACUGGUUCCGACUGUACUCAGUGCAAAAAUCGUAUCAAGUACGGUAAAAGCUUAAUCGAAGAAUACCCUGAUAAAUCUCAUUUGGUUAGUUUAUUACUUUUCAAGUAUUGCUUGAUUCAAUACGAUGGUAAAGAAAGUAAAUGUGAUAAUACUGACUUUUUUGUCACUACCGAUUCUAAAAACUUUGAGACUUUUAAUCAGGAUUAUGAUUCUGGGGUUGCUUCUGGGGUUGCAGUUAACUUUUAUGACAAUGAUUUUAUUCAGUUGUUAAAGAAUGUUAACGUAUCCAGUGAUUUGGAUUUGGAAUAUUACUGCUUCUAUAAGAGCAAGGAGGCUUGCGAUUUACCAGAAACUCAAGACGUUGACGAAUUAUAUGGAAUACAAAAUUGGUGGCCAGCAAAACAACCACACCAAUACUUUCAACCAAAUUAUACCAACAACACUGAAAGGUUUAAUGUGUUGCACAUUACUGAUUUCCACAUCCAAUUGAGAUUCGAGUUGGGUGCUGAAGCCAAUUGUACAUCGACUCCAUGUGCUUUGCCUGAGUCUUACAAUAAUGAGUUGCCGGGUGCAAACUACAACUUCACCGAUUACUACAAGACAUUCAAUCCAAACGUUUCCAUCGUCGACUUGUCGUUUUACCCUGAUGCCCAUUACGAUGAAAACAACACCUAUAUUAAAGGAGACUAUUAUGAUUUCCCUAAAUACCGUGGAUGGAAUUUUAAAAACAUUCCUGCUUCUACGUUUGGUGCUUACCUUGCUGAUUCACCAGAAGUGUUGAUGAACAACUCCUUAAUUGAAGUUGCCAAGGCACAUAAAGACAAGAAUUUCGAAUUUGUUGUAUUUACUGGUGAUUUAGUUGAUCAUGAUGUUAUUCAUUGUUCUCCAGAGGUUACCAAAGAAGCUGAAAUCAAGUCGUUCAACUUGUUUAAGCAUUAUUUAGAUGACAUUCCAGUUUUGCCAUCGUUGGGUAACCAUGACACUUUUCCUUAUGGCCAGAUCUCACCUUUACAAUACGAUUUCAACAACUCCUACCACUGGAAUGAGGAAUUGAUGGCUGAUUUGUGGAUUAAUAAUGGAUGGUUUGAAGAAAAAGAUCGUAAUGAGCUCAAGAGCCACUAUGCUGGGUUCUCGUAUGUGACUGAUCGUGGAUUGAAAGUUAUUGGAUUGAACUCCAACUGUUAUUAUCAAAAGAACUUGUGGUCAUAUAUUGACAUCUCCACAAAUCCAGACUUGUUUGGUCAAUGGGAAUUUUUAGUUAAUGAGUUAUUGGAGAGUGAAUCCAAGGGACAAAGAGUCUGGAUUAUGGCACAUAUUCCAACUACUGAUUAUGAUACAUUGCCAUUGCAAUCACGUAUCUUUGGUAAGAUUGUCGAGAGGUUUUCUCCAUACACCAUUGCCAACAUCUUUUAUGGCCAUACUCAUCAAGACCAAUUCCAUAUCCUCUACUCAUCAAACUCGUCACAAAGUGCUGAAGAUAUCAUUAACAUGUCAUGGGUAGCCCAAUCAAUCACGCCAUUGAGCAAUUACAAUCCAUCGUGGAGAUACUAUGAAGUUGAAAAUGAAAGUUUCAACAUCAUCAACGCUUACAAUUAUUACACUCUUUUGAAUGAGACAUUCACUAAUGGGGGAGAUGAACCUGAUUGGCAAUUUGAGUAUUCAGUGAGAGAUUUGUACGAUCCAGACCACACUUGGCCAGAAGAUGCUCCAUUGAAUGGUACAUUUUGGCAUGAAAAUGUAUUGACCAAAUUGAAGGAUGAGUCAAAUGUUGACUUUAAUCAAUUGUUUGCUGAGAUUCAGUAUAGAUACGGUCCUGGUGUUCCAAAAUGUAAGAGCAAGAAUGGAACUCAAAUAUCAGAUGACUGUUAUAAUGAGAAUUACUGUGUUAUGGGUAAUUUCUACAGUGACGAUUAUCAGAAAUGUUUAAGAGAUGAUUAG